AUGCAGUCGAAGAAACUACUCCAUUUGGCGCUGAUCAGCACUUGUGCGGCCCAAUCCCUGACCGAGGCUCUGAACGGACAGAAUGAUACCCUAUCUGUGUUGAAUGGUCUUCUGGCGCAGUAUCCCGAUCUCGUCAACACACUCAACAGCGCAUCCAACAUCACUGUACUAGCACCCAACAACGAUGCCUUGAACAAUAUUCUGCGCGAUGUCGACGCGGCCGACUCCCUCGCUGAUUCCGGCACCGUGACUGCCUUGCUACAAUAUCACGUUCUCACGGGCACCUACUUCGCAUCCAACUUCACAGAUGACGCGAAGUUUAUCCCUACCCUCCUCACUAACGAAACGUUUACGAAUGUCACUGGCGGUCAAAGAGUCGAGGCCCAAGCGGAUGGUGACUCCGUCAACAUCUACAGUGCUCUGAAACAGAAAGUGACCGUCGUCCAGCCAAAUGUCAACUUCACUGGUGGCACCAUUCAUAUCAUUGAUGGUGUCCUCAGCAUCCCCCAAAAUGACACGGCCACCUUGACGGCAGCGAACCUGACCGCUCUUGCCGGUGCCGUCCAGACUUCUAAUCUGGACAAUACCCUCGCCACUCGCCACGACGUCACCAUCUUCGCUCCCAACAAUGACGCUUUUAACGCCAUUGGGAGCGUGGUCGGCAGCUUGUCCAAUGAAGACUUGGCCAAUGUUUUGGGUUACCAUAUUGUUGAAGGGCAGGUAUUAUACAGUACCUUGAUUAACGGCAAUAACUCCCUUCGUGCUACCAAUGGGGACGAGUUGAAGGUUACAGUCAAUGAUGGUAACGUGUACGUCAACGCGGCCAAGGUCACCCUACCUGAUGUGCUGGUUAGCAACGGUGUGGCUCAUGUCAUUAACCAGGUGUUGAAUCCAAGCAAUAAUACUGUUACUCCUGAUCCUACCGCGACAACUGCCCCUCCUGCGUUCAGCGGCGGUGCUACACAUGCUGCAGCCGCUGCGCCUUUGGCGACUGGCGCUGUUGGUGCUGUUGCUCUAUUUGGUGGUGCUGCUUUGCUUGUCAACAUCUGA